AUGGCUGAGUUGAAAUUUGUUUUUGGACCGGUUUCAACCGGAAAGACGGUGGAACUGCUGCUACAGGCGCAUCAGAUCACCAAGAUCCACGGAAAGACGGCCGUGAAGCUGAUGAAGCCAGCAUUCGACACCAGAGACGGUGAGGCAAUGAUUUCAUCUGCGUCAGGAAUGCAGGCACGAGCUGACUUCGUGAUUGGCGCUGGUGAUAACUUGCAGGAGCUCGAGAUGGAGCCUGGGACGUAUCUGCUGGUGGACGAAGUGCAAUUCUUCACGUUGGAGCAGAUUAUGCAACUUAGACGCAUUUCACUGGAACAGAACAUACACGUCGAAUGCUACGGGCUGCUGAAGGACUUCAGAAACGACCUGUUCUUCUCAGCAGCGAAGCUGGUUGAAUUGGCCGAUGAGAUUGUCCAAAUGAAGACAUUCUGCUAUUUAUGCAGCAGAAAGAGAUUGGCGAACAAAAUGAGGAAUGCACAAAUUAGUAUGAAAAUAAUAAAGAAUGGUGAUGUGACUGAGCCAACAUUGGAAGGUGAGUCAAAGCAGGUUGGUGGAAUUGACCUGUACGUUCCAGUCUGUUCCAGGUGCUACUACACCGCAUUCAAGGAGGUUGAGAUGACAGCAUUCGUUCUAUCGCAGUCAAUGCCCAAUUAG